AGUCGUUUCCGCCACAGGGUCCGUUACGGUACGCACGGGUGGCAUAAAAAACCCCGAUUCUCCGAUGUAGAUCGCUGAUGCUACAAGAGCAGUUGAUUUGGCGAGUACACCCGGAGAGACUUCAACAUGGCAACGGACCAGCGGCAGAUACUGCUGCUGAUGGUGAUUUGUUUCACAGCAUCGGUGGCCAACGGCUGGAGCGCGGACGAUAUGGAGAUAUUCGACCUUGUCGAAGAGGUGAACGAAAACUUCUACCAACUGAUGAACAUUAAUCAAACCGCCUCGUUGGCGGAGAUCAAGCGCGCAUUCCGGACACUAUCGAUAGUGCUGCACCCGGACAAGAGCGAUGCCGAUGAUGCGAACAUCAAGUUUCGCAACCUCGUGUCGGUGUACGAGAUUCUGAAGGAUCCAGCGAAACGCGAAAAGUACGAUCGGGUACUGAACGAUGGAUUGCCGAACUGGAAAUCGGCCUUGUACUACUACCGGCACGUGCGAAAGAUGGGCAUCGCCGAGAGUGCGACCAUUCUCUUCGUUGUCAUCACCGUCAUGCAGUAUCUGGUCGCAUGGGCAGCUUACAUCGAGAAAAAAUACACGGCGGAACAAAUCGUCGGUAACAAGUUGAAGAAAUUUAACAAAAAAAAUCAGACCAACAUCCAGCUGGAAGAGCUAAUCAACGAAAUUCCCAUACCGAGCAUUAAGAACACGCUGCCAUUCCAGCUGCCGCUGAGUCUGUGGCGAUUGGUAACAGGCCUCCCGCACGCUAUUGACCUGUACGUCCAGAGGAAAAAAGCGAUAAACGAGAUCCACGAAAGAGAGCUUAAGGAGGCCAAAGAGCAGCAGGAGUUUGAAAGGAAACGGGCAGAGGAAAAAGCAAACCGGAUGUUGCGGAAACGGAACAAAAAGAUUAGUGUACCGGAGAAAACGGACGAAGAGCUGGCUGCCUACAGUCAGCGCGUUUUGCAGGCGGGAGACGAACCGCACGCAACGGAACGACUGCCGGUUCCGCCUCCAUCGGGCGGCCUCUGGACCGACGACGAUCUGACCGAGCUGGUUCGGCUGGUGAAGAAGUACCCGGGUGGCACCAGCAACAGGUGGGAGCAGAUAGCGGAUCUCAUGCAACGCAGCGUGGACGACGUUACGUACAUGGCGGCCAAGCUGAAAGAGUGCGGUUACCGGUUGUCACAUCAGCUGCCGGAGACCAACGCAUCCGAUGUCGCCAGGGUGAAGACGAAAACACGCGACCGAGGAGUGACCGCAGUGGCGAGCGAAUCGUGUGCCACCUGGACGCAGCAGCAGCAACAGGCGCUCGAAGCGGCCAUCCAGAAGCACCCGAAGUCGACGACUACCGACCGAUGGCAGAAGAUUGCCAACAGUGUGCCGGGUAAGACGAAGGAAGACUGUAUCGCGCGCUACAAGUAUCUGGUGGACCUGGUAAAAACACAGAAGAAGGAAACGGAGGAUGGGUCCGAGCUGCCAGCCAGUACCGUCGGCGCUGAAGAAGUCCCCCCGGCCCCAAUCGAAGGAACCGAGCAGGAACCAGAACCACACGCCGAUGACAAUACGGUGGCCAGCGCCGCUGCCGCGCUGGAUCAAACGCAGCAGUCGGAAGAAGCCAAACCCCCGGCCCAAAAAGGUGGAAAAAGUAAGAAGAAACCAAGCCGCAAAGAAAAACGGCAACCCGGCGGAAACAUUAACGAGGUGGACGAGGUGGAUUGGCGCCCGGAGCGCGACUACACGAGGAUUCCCUCGGACGAUUCUGAUCAAUGGCUCGGUAGGCAUGAUGAGAACGGGGUGCUCAUACCCGAGCCCGUGCAGCCUGUAAAGCGAAAGCGAAAGCGAAAGAAGCUGGACCUGUCCCGGCUUCGUAAUCGGUGCUACUCGGACUCGGAAUAAAACUUUCGGAGCGGAAACGAAAAGAACGGUCAUGCAUUGCAUUGUCUGCUGUCAGACGCGGAUCAGAAGUCCAGUUGG